AGAUGCUCUCAGCAAACAAAAAUCCACACGGGGUCGGUUCAAAAGCAAAUGCCGAUAGAGCUGGGAGAAAGCCAAGACGUUGCCGUUACCUUCAUAGUCUAAGCUACCAAUCACCGGAUCCCUCCUGGUUCCCUCACCAGUCUGUGAAAAAUGAUGAAGAGUAGAUUACGAGCUACUCUACUCCCUUUAUUCACUGCAGGUGAAUACGGCUUAAAUCCUCUAACAAAAAGCUCCACUUUGCUUGACAGAUGUUUUGCUGCUCGACCAUUCGCCAGUUUUCAGUUAGAGAGGAUUGAAAGUCUGACUAGGUCUACACACAGCUGUGCUGGUGAAGAAGAUGAUUUCUCAGAGUUGGGCCUGCCUGUGGAACAAAGUGUUGGUACAUUUCCCAUGUUGAUGACAGAGAAGCCUGAAACUUUCACGAAGCAGAGAAGUAUCAGUACCAAAAAACCUUCAUCUUUGCCACCAGAAAGCAUCAAGAAGUUGACGGCCACAGCCUCAAAACAGAAUAACUGCGCUUCCAAGAAGCAGAAUAGUGUCAAUACCAAAAAAGCUUCAUCUUUGCCAUCAGAAAGCAUCAGGAAUUUGGUGAACACAUUCUCGAAACAGAAUAACUGCGCUUCAACUCCACAUCUCAAACCUGAGAACAACACUGAUGCCUCUUGUUCUAACCUUGCUAAGAAAAAUGCAUCCAACUUCAAAAGUUCUACAUCAGUUACUAUUGAGAAUGUACCUUCUCUUAUCCAUCUUCGCCGGUUGAAAGAGGCAGUGUCAACUUUUGGGAAGAUCUCAAAUGCUUCCAUGAGGGCUGUUCCAAAUGGACUCGACUGUUGUGAUAUUGAAUUUGAGAGUGUGGAAUCAAGGAAUAGAGCAGUGUCAGUUGGUAGGAUUACAUUGGAGAACUUCAACCUUCCAAUUCUUCCUCUACAGGUCCCACAUAUUGUUUCAUUAAGAAUUAGUAACGUUAGCUCAGAAACUGAUGAUUCUUUGAUUCGCUCAUUGUGCAUGUCAUGUGGUCCUUUGGAGGGGAUGGUGAGGGAUAAAGAUAUCGUGGAUGCCUCAUUUAGCAUAAGGGACAAAUCAGACACAGAGAAGAUACAAAAAAGGUUGAACCAAACAAUUGUGGAUGCCUGCAAAUGGUCAGCUUGUUUGCAAACUGUAAUGCCCACUGCUGUGGUCACAAACAACGACAACAAUGCUGAACUGCACUUGGGGUUGGAGGUUAGUGGUAAAAUACACGAGUUGAAGAGUCAAAUUUCACUGACACAAGUGCUUGCAGAAGACCUCGAGUAUCUGUAUCAUGCGCUACUGCACCUUCAAAGUCAUCCGAGCACCGGCAAUAAACACUAACUAGAGCUUUUACAUUCUGGUAUAUUCAUCCUCUAAAUUGAAAAGGAGAGAGAAGGGUAGGGUCAGUUAAAAAAUCAUUAUUAGAUGGAGGUUCACAAACUAGAGAAUUCUUGUUUUGGCUGCUAUAUCAAAAGCUUAUGGUAGCUCCAUUUUCUGAGGGCAAUAUGUGUACCUGAGUGUUUUUUUCCUCUUUCUGUACCUGCAGAUUGACCUUUGCUAGCAGAGAUGUUGAGAAACAAUUUUUCCAUCCA